AUGUCUCAGUCACAGUCUAACACAGUUGCAAAACUUUAUAAGAGUGUCAUAGAAGAUGUGAUCUUAUCUUCCAAAGAAAUCUUUCUGGAUGAAGGUAUUGAUGAGCAAGUUCUGACAGAACUCAAGAAUUUAUGGGAGCAGAAGCUGGCCCAGAGCAAAGCUGUAGAGGAGCCCCCAAUUGUACCUGAUCCAGUCAUUGGUUCAGGCCUACCAUCUGAUGGUGACGGACUUAGCAAUGGGUCACAAGGUGCUGCUACAGCAGCAGCAUCCUCCUCAUCUCACCUUGUUGCUGUGCAGAUCAACAUCCCCAUGCAAAGUGGUGUUCCCAAUUCCCCAAUGAGGCACAUCACCAUUCAUGUUCCACAUACAAGCUUGACCUGUGGAGCUGCCCAGCUUCAAGCAGUUCUAAGUAGCUCUGCUGCCAUGGCAGCCAUGGCUUUACCUCCUGAUGUAGCUGCCAGGCUAUUGCAGCAGCAAGUGAACAGUGCCCUUGGAGUGGGACAGUCAGGCACUGGUGGCAGCAGUGGGAGUGGUGGAGGAGGUGGAGGCAUAGCUGUUCAAAACGCAACUGAAGAUGAUUGGUUGCAAAAUGCUAGUUUCCCAAUCAACUUCUUCAAGUCACAGGAGGCUUCAGGAGAAAGGAGACCUGAUGAAGAAACACUUGAAAAUAGAAAGGAUUCCUCACUUAAAGACAGGAAAAGACCCCAGCAAUAUCAGAAACAAGUGUUUCUGGAAGACACAAGCCUGAAACCUGAGAAUGCCUUUCGAGUGGAUCCAAAACCAGAUGGAACUGCUCGUGCUUUCCCUGCUAUGUAUCAUAUGCAUGUCCCUAGGUACAAACUAAAUGGUUUCUUGAGCUGGGACUGCCUAGAAGGCAACAAUCGGUGGCAUAGGAAGAAGGAAAAAAAGUUGCCCAGGUAUUUCAAUAAGGUGGGGCGGGCAGCCAUAAACAGGAAGGAUGUUGAGCACAUUUUCCUGAGUUUGCCUCCCUUUCGAUCCAAUUUUACCAGUUGGGAUGUCAAACUAGAAGAAUUUAUGCCUUUAUAUUACCAGCAUGCUGAGAUGAACUCUCAAGCAGCUGAGGAAGAGAUGUCUUCUCACAUGCAAAAGGCAAAAGAGUUGAAUCAGAGCAUAGGUCAAGAUGUGAGGAAUAUUGACAAAUGGUUGGAACUGUUGAAUCAUCAAGAUGAGCUGAGCUUGAAAGAGUUUGGUUUGGAGAAUGUGACUGUCUCAAUCAAAGGAAAACCCCAGCAGUCAGCCCUGGUUGAGAGGAAGCUGUCCAUAGUGGAGGCAGCUUUGAAAAAAAACCCAGCCUCCAUUCAGUUGCAUAUCAAGAAACUCCAGCUCUGUCGAUUCCUCUGGGAACCUGCCAAGCUGAAGAAGGAAUGGGGCAGGAUAUCCUUCCUUUUUCCCAACAGUAUCAAAAUGUGGAAGGAGUACUUGCUCUUCACUCAGUCUCACCUCCCUACAUUCUCUGUCAUAUCGACCAUCAAGACGUAUGAGAGGUUCUUUGAAAAAAUGCGUGCUUUCCAUGCAGGAACUAUAUUGUCCCACAGCAAACCUGAUCAUCUUGAGGAGCAUAUGUUAGAACAUGAGGAUGAAGAGGAGAGGAUUGCAAUGGAGGAGAACAUGUCAAGUCCUCAAAAGUGGUUAGCCAUAGAAACACUUCGUGAGAAGCAUCAUUGGCUGCCCUGGAAACCAGGGGUGGAAGAUGAAUGUGAAGAUGCUGACCGUACUGCAUCCUUUGAAGAUGUUUCUCCUUUUCUCUUUGACCUUAAAAAGGACAGCAGCCGAUUUGGUCUUCUUCUGCAUUUUCUCACCUUCCUUGAUGCAUUUGUCCUGCCAAAAACAUCAUCUUCACAUUUAGCCUUAGGACUUGAAAGCCCUCAUCUUUUUUCAACACUGCAAAUACAACUCUGCCUUGCUGCAUCAUGUUCAGGGGCUCAUGGGUUGAGUGCUUCCCUGGGUAUUGAUGGAAAAUGUGAUCAUCCUAGAUCACAGAGCUUUACACAAUUUCGGGAUAGAGUGUUUUUGUCCUCAAUUGACCUCUGCAGUGAGGACCAGAAGAUGGCAGUUUUAAUUCAGUAUAUGGCAUUUCGACUUGCAGAAUUCCAAAUGUGUCAGUUCUCCUCCCUGCAGGAACAGAAAAAUGGUGCUAAGGAAUUAAGGAAAUUUGCAAAGAAUUUAUUGAAGAGUGCUAAUGACCGAAACAACCUGGACUUGUACAGAGCUUAUGCCUCCAUGGAAGAGGCAUGUGGCAAUGUCCAGGAAGCUUCACGCAUCCUUGAGACAACUCUUGCUUCCAUUGAUGGAAGCAGAUACACAACAACUGUGCUAAGUCUGGACUAUGCCAUGAUUCUGAAUGUCUUGUGGCAUUGGAUUACACUUAAAAUGAAGGCACAUAAUCAUGAAAGAGUAUUAUGGGUCUUGGCCUCAAUGGGAGGUGGACUGGGAAUAACUCUGGGGCAGGAGAAGGAAACGACACCCUCAAGCCUAAUCUUAAAAGCUCGGCGGAGGUUUCCUGAAGAGUGGAAGAAACUGGUGAUAGACUCCCAUUCAGUCCUAGGAGAAGGACAUGUGUUUCUCGCCAUUGUUCCUGGCUUAUCUCAUGCAUCUGAUGUUCUUCUGACUUGGUCAGCCUGUCAUGCCCUGUUCCAGUAUCUAACCAUGGGCAGCAUUCAAGCAGGUUCCUUGAUCUUCUCUCAUGCAUUAUCUGAGCUCAAGUGCAGUAAUGCUAACCAGGAAGAGGAGAAGUUCAAGCCUGGUAUCUUGAGGCAAUGCAUGAUGCGUGAGAUGCUGCAUUGGGCUCACAUGAACUUGCUUGAAUGGCACCGACAGAGGCAGGUCUAUCCACUGCAGCCAGUGAAAGCUGCUCUUGUUCAAGCCAUGUCCGACUUUCCGAAUAACCCUAGCUUCUUGAAACUUUUCAUAGAUAUCCAGAUGGGAAGCUUUUUGAUUAGCAACAUAAGGGAUUAUUUUGGGAAGAGCCUCAAACACUGUUAUAGCAUCUGGCCACCACAUUUUUCAGUCUGGGCAGAGAAAUGUCGCCUUCAGAAAGUGAUGGAGACUUGUUCCAACCAAGACAGUCCUAGUGGUGAAGUGCCCUGUUUUGGAGUGUGGAAUCACAUGGUGGCAACUCUGGAAGAACUUCUACACGGUCCUCCAUGCAGCCAGAGUCCUUACCUCUGGCGAUUGUAUCUGAGAAUCCUCUACGACAGUGGAAAGGUGGCUGCUCUCAAGUCAGAGUCAUUCGUGUUGCAGGACAUAUACUUGGAUGGGGUAAGAUAUGAUGGAUCCCUCCUUGAAGAAGUUUGUAACUUGGUAAAUGAGAAGGGGUUGCGGCUCCGUUUACCACUUGAAGAGCUGCAGGUUUUGUCUGAACCACUGCCACAAAGCGAUGAUGAGGACCAUGCUACUGUUAAGUCUGAGCCCCGUGAAGAACUUGAUGAUUCUUCCUCAUCUGAGGAACCUACCUCCCCGAUUGAAGACAAGGAACAAGUACACUCGAAGCAAAAUGAAAUGCCUUCAAAGGGAGAUCCUGCCAUGUCCUGUAACCCUCAAUUGCAAGCGUGGGAGAAGGCUCUGCUGGAUUAUGUGAAGCGACGCAGUGGACGAGAGGGAAAGUUGCACUAUACCGAAGAGUACAAGAGCAAGGGAUACAUGGAACCAACAGUGAGCAGCAGUGCCAAGCACUUUACCUCAUCAGGUGACCUCAAGGAUAAGACACUCAAGAAGGAGGAGGAACGAACUACUAAAAGCAGGACCCAGGUCAAGGGUAGGAUGGUAGCUGAGAGGACAAUGCCACAGUGGGAUCCCAAUGUCUUGCAGGCAGAUGACACCUUCCAAGAGCUGUUUCAAGUUUGUGAGAGGAUGGAGAAGAAAGUGUCUCUCAGAGGAAAUAAGAGGCUGCAGGACUUGGUGAAAGAGCUGAAGUCUGAAGUGCAGAACUCAACCAGGAGCAAAGCAGCAGAUAGCAGGAAGAACUCAGGUGUCAAAGUGGACCAGUACAUUGAAAAGUACUUGGAAGAAGUCACUGCUCCACUUGCAUUAGAUGAUGAUGAUACCAUCAGUCAUCUCCUGGAGACAGUGACUGCAUUAGAGCGGCAAAAUGUCCAACUUGGAGAUGAGCUGAUUAAGAAGGAGCGGGACAGGGUCAGCUUUGAAGAAGAGACACGGGCAACCCUGGAAAAUUUGUUGAAAGUGCUUGAUGCUUUCCCAGUCAUGGCAUAUGAGAGCAAGCACUUUUUCUCAGGGAACAGCAGUUUGAAAAAUCAGGAUGGAACACAAAGUAAAGGCAAAGGAGAUGAAGACAAAAGUGAUAGUGAGGUAGGGAAAGUCAGCUAUGUUGGAGCAGGGAAAGGAGAUCUUAAGUUAAAUGAUCUCCGGAGUCCCAAGGAAAUCCUGGCUGCUACUUUGACCAACUUCAGAAGUGCAUUGGAUGCCUCAGUGCCUUUUUCUUCACCCACAAAGAGUUAUGUUACCAGCAUCAGUGGUCCAAAAUCUCCUGAAGAUACCUUUCACAUCUCCAGCUCCACAUCCAUCCCAGAUGAAGACUUUGAGAACUUUGAAGUGGAGUUCAAAAGAAAAAUACAGGAGCAUGAUGAAUAUCUAAAGAAGCUCAAUGAAGAACUGGAUUCCAGUCCUUUGUAGAAAGUGUCUGUGAUUUGACUGUUUCAUGGAAAAUCUCAUUCAUUCCUUGAAAUAAAUCUGACAUGUAUUGCA